UUUUUUUUUUGAUUGUCCACUCCUUUUUUUUAUAACACAACUGUAGUCACUCUUGGAGAAAGAAAAAAAAAGAAAAAAAAAGCGUCUACCCCUCCACUCCCUUCUUUUUUUUUUUUUAUUUGCAUACUGUAAAAUGACCAUUACUAAAAAGCAGUUUCAAAUACGUCGAACUUCAGCACGUGCUAUUGUUCACAAGAUUGACACGAAUGGGCCACUUGUCCCUCAAUAUUCAUCUGUAGAAACUUUGUACCAAACAAAGGUUAACUUGGGUGAACAAUAUACCAGAGGAUUGCCAGAGUUUAAAAGCAUCGACAGGUUUGAGAAUGCCAAGCAUCUGGUGGAGAGUCGACAAGUGCCUUCCACAGCAGAACCCAUGGAACAAAUAGUACCAGUAGAACAAAUGGGGGUGACAGCAGUGGCAACAGCAACAGAAGCACAACCACAACAACCACAGCCACCACCACCAGCAUCCUCUUCGCCACCGCAAAGAGCAUCACCACUUCCCACUACACCACCACACGCAGAAGCAGAAGCAGAAGCAGCUACGAAUCAUGCUUCACGUCAAUCAAACUCCGUCUCUCCGUCUGAUUCGUCCAAACCCAGUCGUGUGCUGAGACAGAGAGUAACCAAAUUAAAAAUCAUGAAGCGACGCAAAUUAGUGCAUACACCGUCCUCUGACUCAUCGUCAGAUUCAUGUACACAGCUUCCAACCAAAUCCUUCUUACCGAUCCCUUCACGUCAUCAGGAAAAUGUGGGCCAUAUCCGUAAAUUGCAGAUUGGCGCCUAUAUUAUCGAUGUGUGGUAUUUAGCCCCUUAUCCGGAAGAAUACAGUAAACUAGAGGUUUUACAUGUGUGCGAGUACUGCUUAAAGUACAUGAAGAGCGCCUAUAUAGCGAAACGACACAAGAUCAAGUGUCCCAUGAAGCACCCACCAGGCGACGAAAUUUACCGUGACGGCAACAUAUCGAUAUUCGAAGUGGACGGACGAAAGAAUAAGAUCUACUGCCAAAACUUGUGCUUGUUGGCCAAAAUGUUUCUGGACCACAAGACCUUAUAUUACGAUGUGGAGCCCUUUUUAUUCUACAUCUUGACCGAAACCGAUGCUGAAGGAUGUCACUUUGUAGGCUAUUUCUCCAAAGAGAAGCAAUCAUUAUUGGAUUACAAUCUCUCCUGCAUCAUGACAUUACCGGCCUACCAACGAAAAGGCUAUGGACAGUUCUUGAUUGAUUUUAGUUACUUGUUGUCGCGCAAGGAAGCUAAAAUUGGCUCGCCUGAAAAGCCCUUGUCCGAUUUGGGAUUGCUCUCUUAUCGAAAAUACUGGGCAAGCAUCAUUACAUCACAACUACAACAUCAUGCUGGUCAAAUUACACUAGAAGAGCUCUCACGAAACACCGGCAUGACAAUCAAUGAUAUUAUCUCGACAUUGGAAUUAAACAACAUGCUGGUGGAAAAGGAGGGACACUACGAAAUUGUAAUUGGACACGAACCAGAUAGUAGUAGUAGUGUUAAUAUUAAAAAUAAAAGGUUAUAUGCUAAAGGGGAACUAUUGACGUGGGUUCCUUACAUGGUAGCAACCAAAGGAGAUGCUGGCAUCUUGAAUAUACCACGUGAACACUCACAACAGCAACCACAGCAACCACCACAGCAACCGCCACAGCAGCAACAUUUCAUUGCAACAUCAGACAUUUCCGUAGACGCCAUUAUACCACUACCACCUCAAUUAAGGCAUGCUUCAAAUAGCCCACACGCCCAAAAGAGCAGAUUAACAAGGUCAAGUAGAAAAAGGCAAAGAGAGGGGUGAAGUUAAGAGAGAGAGAGGUUUUUUUUUUUUUUUUUUUUUUUUUCUUAUACACAUU